AUGGCAGAAAUCGGUCUUGAGUAUUCCCUGAUAACAGAUAUACUUCUGCGUAUAGCUCAUGCUUCAAUCCGAAGAAGAUUAUUGUCGUUAUGGCUCUCCGGUAGAGAGGCAACGACAAUGGAUUUGCAUCGAGUUUUGAUUUUCAACAGGACUGAAAAUCUAGCCGCAAAUAUCUGGAAAAGGAAUCCAAGGCUGAUUGAUAAAGAUAUGGUCCUAGGAACGGCUAUGGAGUGGAGAAUUUAA